AUGAGGCCCCUCACCGAACCAGAAACAAAAACUCUCUUCGAGAAACUAGCUUCCUACUGCGGAAAAGGCAUCACAAACCUCAUCGCCGACCCAGCUGGCGGUAACGACCGCAACGUCUUCCGCGUCCAGGGCUCCCGUGUCUACUACGUCCGCGAAUCUCUCGCCAACCUCGCCACAAGUGUCGCGCGCGACAACCUGCUCUCCCUGGGCAUCUGCCUCGGAAAAUUCACAAAAACCGGUAAAUUCCGCCUCCACAUCACGGCGCUGAGCGUCAUUGCGCCGCACGCGCGCUAUAAGGUGUGGGUCAAGCAGAAUGGCGAGAUGCCCUUCUUGUAUGGCGGCAAUGUACUCAAGGCGCAUGUGGGGCGGUGGAGCGAGGAUUGCCCGGAGCAUCAGGGUGUCGUGGUGUUGAGUAUGAAUGAUACGCCUUUGGGAUUCGGUGUGAGUGCGAGGUCGACGGCUGAUGCGAGGAAGUUGGAUCCGACGGGUAUUGUUACGUUUAGACAGGCGGAUAUCGGGGAGUACCUGCGAGAAGAAGAUUCGCUGUUUACGACUUGA